GAAACCAACAAAAAACAACAUGAUCAAAUUUGUAAUUGUCUUGGCUUUUGUAGCUGUUUCUUCAUCUAAACACCAUUCGUCUGGCGUAUCUCAUGCCUCCGUUGAUGAUGGAAAUGCUGAAAUCAUAUUCUUAGAUAUUGAUGUACGUCCUAAUGGUUUCCAUUAUGGCUUGGAGACCACCAGCCCCUUUAGAGCUGUUGCCUCCGGUGAUGAUCAUGGCAAUAUUCAUGGUGAUUUCGAAUGGAUUUCACCUGAAGGUGAACAUGUUGCUGUUAAGUAUGUCGCUGAUGAAUACGGUUAUCAACCCAGCGGUAAUGCUUUGCCCACCUCACCACCAGUACCUGCUGCCAUUUUGAAGUCUCUUGAAUACAUUCGUAACCAUCCCCAUCAUGAUCAACAUUAAGGCGAUUUACAUUGUUGCAGCAAAUGAG